UACACUCAUUGUUUGAAGUGGGCGUAGGGAAGUGAGUGACUGCAGCUUCUCCAUAUAAAGCACCACACGGCAGUCUGCAGCUCAUCGAGGAGUCGACAUGAAGCAGUCUUCUGUUGUCCAAGCUUUGGGGUAUCUGAGUCUGCUGCUUGCAGAUGGAUUUCCAGUUCCUCAGGAUGAAUCCCCAAAGAUCAUCGGACCACAUUGCGUCAAAAUAAAAGCUCAUCCAGGUGAGUGGCUGUUUCUUAACUGUGAAGCAUUUGCAAACAGUAGAGACACGACGCUCAUCUACUGGCUCGUCAACGGCGCUUUCCCCGAAGACCUGCUCAGCUCUGAGAGAAUAGUGGAAUCAAAGGAAUCAACUUUGGAUAACGGCGCGAUCCUGCAGAGAAGUUUGAUGUUGAAGAACGUCACGAGAGAGGACCUCCAAUCCAGCUUCACCUGCGUUGUGACGAACUCCGCUGGGAUGACCACAAAGAAAAUCAAACUGGCAGCGAGGGGGAAAAGCAGACCGCGGAAGGCUCUCAGCUGUGUUUCAACUUAACGCCCACUAACACAUCUUUAACGAGUCAAAAUGUAUCUGUGGGUUCACUGUUCUGUUGUACUGUUUAAUGGGAGAAAUACGCCAGAGAGAAGUUGGAUAAAAUAAAUGUACAAAGGUUCCAGAGUAGAACAUCAUUUUUUUUUGUUUGGUUUUCCCACCAAUGAAACCAAAAGUGUGAUGUGACUCAUUGUGAUCCUCUGGGAAGAACUUACGGUGAAAUCCAACAAACCGGAGUGUCUGGUUCCUCUCACAGUGAACAUCUGAUGCAGCGUUUUUCAAAGGAAACACGGCUUCAGGAGGUGGCAUUUCAUGCUGAAACAAAUGCACCCUAAAGGACCAUCUCUGAGAUGAUGAAUAUACGAUGUAACGUUACAUUUCUAACCUGUUUGCUGUAGUUGUGUAUCAUUCCAGUGUCUGUCUGCAGAUUUGACAAAGAUAAAACGAUUCUCGAUUCUGAGACAAAGUA